AUCUGACUACCUUCCCUACGAUAUAACAUAUCGACCCCUUCGUGUACAAGAGGAAUACAGGCCCAUUGCUGGAGAAAUUGACCUGGCCACCACAUACAGAAGGGAUUUCAACCCUCACAAAAUAGAGCCAGUAAUAUUAGUAAGACCUGCAGAAAAGAAAUACCUUUCUAAAUGCAAACUGAAUGCCAUUCCAACCUACCAAGCUGAUUUUAAACCCUGGGAAAUAGAAAAAAGGGCACCCUGUAAAGUGGAGCGCCGCUAUCAGCCUCCCACCGAAAAGUUUGGAAACGCCACUACCUCUCAGGAUGCUUUUAUUCCACGAGAACUGGCCCUCCGGAAGAUCAUUAAACCUGCUGACGCCACCACGCUUUCGGACCAGCCUUUUGUCGGUGACACAAGUCAUCGGCGCGAUUAUGUCCCUCAUCAGCUGGAACCCAAGUGGAGCAAGUCAAAAGAAGCAUACCGGCCCAGUAGUCAGCCUUUUGAAAAUAUCACCACCCACCAGAGCGACUUCAGAGGGCUUCCUGGCGAUCUUCCCAAAAGCUUCAGGCCCGAGGUUGCCAAAAUGGAAACCAAAUCCGAUUUUGAGGGCAUCACAGAAUUCCGCGAUCGCUUUCAGCCGUGGGCAGUUUCCUUACCCGAGCUUCGUAAAGCGAAGGAGUACGCUCCCCCUACAGGCAGCAUGGAGCUGAAUUCCACAUCCCGCCUGGAUUAUCCUCCUCACAUCGUCAGUCCAGUGGUCCUCAUGAAACCGCUGGAAAGGAGCAAAAUAAGCGGCUUUCCCUUCCAAGGAAACACAACGAUGAGAGAUUCCUUUCAAGCUUGGGAACUCCACCCGCCAGAAAUGAUUAAAAAGCCCCAGGAAAUACCAAAGCCCACAGGUAAAUUUGAAGAUCUCACCACCUUCCGAUCUCACUAUACGCCACACAGUCUAAUCCCAACCCAGAGUUGCAAACCUCCAACAGUAGCUUUGUCCAGUUCGGCACGUUUUGAGGAUGAAACCAUAUAUCAUAGGGACUAUACCCCAAAGAAAAAAGAGAUCUGUCCAGCCAAUUACCCGUCUCCUCCAGGAUAUGCCUACGUCAGCACCGAUUCGCGCGGUCACAAAUUCUUCCGCAAGGUGACCCCGGAAGUCAGUAAGGUGGUCCAUCCAAAUGGCAACCAUGUUCCAAAAGAAAUAGCC